GAAGACAAAAAAAAUCUAUUAAAUCUUAUUCCUGAAGGAAACGGGUCUAUAAAUAAAAAAUCAGAUCCUAAUCCAAUCAUUCUCAAAAUAGUAACUUUGAAAAGGUUAUACUUACUGCUCUUUCCUUCCACCGACCCACUGUCACUACACUAGCUAUGGCUGCGAUGAGAAUAAAAGAUGAUUUGCUGCGAGGAAGAUUCGAUAUGGAGACAACAGAUGUCAGAAUCCUUGUAAAACGCCAUGAAUUGACAUUAAGGGGCAUCAAACAAUUUUUCGUUGCCGUUGAAAGAGAGGAAUGGAAGUUUGACACACUGUGUGAUCUUUAUGAUAUUCUUACCAUUACUCAAGCUGUUAUAUUCUGUAACACCAGGCGAAAGGUUGAAUGGUUAACUGAAAAAUUGCGGAACAAUAAUUUCACCGUCUUCUCAAUGCAUGGUGACAUGCCUCAAAGAGAAAGAGAUGCAAUUAUGCAUGAAUUUCGUAAGGGAACAACCCGAGUAUUGAUAACAACAGAUGUUUCGGCUCGUGGCCUUGACGUGCAACAAGUUUCUCUAGUUAUUAAUUACGACCUUCCGAGAAAUCGAGAGUUGUAUGGUCAUCGGAUCGGCCGUUCUCGACCUUUUGGGCGGAAGGGUGUUGCAAUAAAUUUUGCGAAAAAUGAUGAUAUCAAGAUCCUGAGAGAUGUUGAGCAAUACUACAAUACUCAAAUUUAUGAUCUGCCAUCAAAUGUUGCUGAUCUUAUCUAAUAGUGUAUAUAGUAUGUUGGUUGGGUGUGAAGUGUAUCUGUCAAAUUGUUGAAUUUAUAUCAAAAGGUCGCAUUAUGUUGGUUGGAA